AAACCCUACCGUUCUCUCUCUCCCCAGGGUUCUUCGAAUCUCGCCGUCCUCUUUCUCUCUCUCUCUCUCUAAUGGCGGCCAUCGACGAAUUGAGCGGAUCCAAGAAGCGGAAGCGAGACUCUUCGUCUCUAUCCAAGAAAGGCAAGCCCUUUGGAUCCAAACCCGCUAAGUUCCAAUCCGCUGGCGGAUCUAAAAAGGAUCCGAAAUCUUUCAAGUCGAAACCCGUUAAGACCUAUGAUGCCUUCGAGAAGAAGAAGGAGCCCACAACCCCAAGAGAGAAGCGAUUGGCUGCUAAGGAAAUGGCCGAGGAGAGGAAGAAGAAGAGGAAGCCAAAUUACAAUCUUGAGAAAGAGCUUGCUUCAUUGUGGGAAAAAAUGAGACGUCGUAAUGUUAGCAAGGAGGAGAAGUCCAAGUUGAUUAGUGAAGCUCUGCGGAGAAUGAAUGAGAAGUAUCUAGAAAUUGCAAGUUCUCAUGUCUCUGCUCGUGUUCUUCAAACUUGCAUCAAAUACUGUUCACAAACAGAAAGAGAGACUAUUUUUGAGGCACUGCGACCGCAUUUUCUUACUCUUUCACGGAAGAAAUAUGCAGUUCAUCUUGUAAACAAACUGUUAGAUACUGCCACAAAAAAACAAUUGGAAGCUUUCAUCUCAUCUCUUCACGGUCAGGUUUCUUCUCUUCUUCGACAUACAGUUGGAUCUGCAGUUGUUGAUCAUGCAUACCAGUUGGCAAAAGGGUCUCAGAAACAAAGGCUUUUAAUGGAAAUGUACUCUACCGAGCUUCAAUUGUUCAAGGACUUAACUUUAACAAAUUCUGGAAGGUUGGUAGACAUAAUCUCUAAACUGGGAUUACAGAAGUCAUCAGUGCUGCAACACAUGACUUCUGUGAUCCAGCCAAUUUUGGAGAAAGGAAUUCUAGACUAUUCUAUUAUUCACACCUGCCUGCUGGAAUAUUUCACAAUUGCUGACAAGUCCUCUGCCACAGACGUGAUUCAACAAUUAUUACCACUCCUUACUCAAGAGUCCAGUGGCAUAGACGAGGGCAUGCAGGCAUCAAAGAAAAGGAAAAUUAAAAAGAUCAGGACGAAAAUCCCACUUCUUGUUCGCAUGGUCAGUACAAGAGAUGGAUUGAAGGUCGGCAUCCUCUGCAUCAAACAUGGGAGUGCAAAGGAGAGAAAGAAGAUCGUCAAAGGAAUCAAGGAACAUGUUCGAAACCUUACACUUGAUCAGUGUGGAAGUGUUCUACUAACAUGCAUCCUUUCAGUGGUUGAUGAUACAAAGCUGGUAACCAAGAUUAUUAUUGAUGGGUUGAAAGCAAUGCUAAAAGAACUUGUUCUAGACCGAAAUGGAAGACUGCUGUUACUGCAGCUACUCCAUCCACAGUGUGCUCGCUAUCUUGGUCCCGAAAAUCUUGCUUGUCUAGCUUCUUCUGUUCCUUCUCUAUGUGCACAGGGUGAAGAGGAGGCCACUUCUGAAGAAGGUUCAGAAAACCGCUCACAGCUUGAUGUCGACGUCCCCAUGAUGGAUAUUGAUAAAAGUGGAGUCAGUGAGAAGAGCAUGAAGAUUGCCAUUGGUGGCAAGAAAGAUCCUUUUAUAAGAAGACGUGAAUUAUUGGUGGAGAGUGGGCUUGCUGAGAGUCUUAUAAAUACUUGCAUUGAGAAUGCCAACGAGCUACUUCGGUCAAAUUUUGGCAAAGAAGUAAUAUUUGAGGUUGCUGUUGGUGGAGCAGAUGGCAUUCUGCAAUCUUUAUCGGACAAAUUGGCCGAUUUGCAUAAAGCAAUAGCUUCUCUAGCUGCUCUUCCCAAAGAGGAAGAUGACUCUAAAGAAGAGGAUCAUGUCUUUGAGAAUUUUCACUCCAGCAGGACCAUAAGAAAACUGAUCCUUGAUUCCCCCUCCUUUGCUGCCAUUCUAUGGAAAAUGGCCCUUGAAGGGAAGUGUGAGAUGUGGGCACAUGGUCAUAGUUGUAAAGUUGUUUCCGCUUUCCUAGAGUCGAAGGAUUCUACGGUGAGAAAUUUGUCGAAGUUGGAGUUGCAGCCUUUGAUCAAUCGAGGUGUACUAAAAGCCCCUACUGGUGAGCAAUUGAAGAAAAAACAAGCUUAACGCAGUUUAACUGUUGAUGUAGUGACUCUCAAGAUGAGUAGGAAAUUUUGUAGGAUCGUAUACCAUAUUACUUUCAAACUUUAGUAUAAUGUCACAGCAUGUGCUAAAAUUAUGUAUUAUUUUUGUCUUGGUAAAUUGGAUCUUGGGUGCUUAUAAAAGUUAAGUUGCAAGUUGUAUUUAAC